UGUUGAUUUAUACACGAAUUAAAAUGUUUGAUUCAAACGUUUUGGAAAGAGUCAAGCCUGGUCCGAAGGUUUGAUGUUAUAUUCAUAUUUAGAAAAUUUUGUGGAGGGCAAAUAAAUAAAUUGCUGCUAUAAACGGAUAUGACUUUUACUAAUACACCGAAACACAUUAGAAAACGUGAGAGAGACUAAAAAAGAGAGGAUAAUCAAUCCAUCUAGUCUCUUCCGGGUUUAAGGACUACAAACUAUUCUCUGGAGAAAACUCCAACUCCCAGCAGCGAGCGCGGUUAAGUGCCGUUGGACCGGCCGGGAGCGCGCACAGCAGAGAGUCAGCGCGCGCGUUCUCUCUCUGGCAGCUGAUGCUGAUGCUCAGAGGACACGGAGUGAUUCGAGCAUCACCGGGAACCGACUGAAUUAUCGUGCCAAAUCUUCGGUAGGAUGCGUCAGGACGGAUCCAUGCAGAUGGCUGCGGCACAGAAAGAAGGAUCUGACCAGAACUUCGAUUACAUGUUCAAACUGCUGAUCAUCGGCAACAGCAGCGUGGGAAAAACGUCGUUUCUCUUCCGGUACGCUGACGACUCCUUCACGUCAGCGUUUGUGAGUACGGUGGGCAUCGAUUUCAAAGUCAAAACCGUCUACAAGAACGACAAGAGAAUCAAACUGCAGAUAUGGGAUACUGCGGGACAGGAGAGAUACCGCACCAUCACUACAGCAUAUUAUCGUGGAGCCAUGGGCUUCAUCCUCAUGUACGACAUCACCAACGAGGAGUCGUUCGGAGCCGUCCAGGACUGGUCAACCCAGAUAAAGACGUACUCCUGGGACAACGCGCAGGUCAUCCUGGCGGGAAAUAAGUGUGACAUGGACGAGGAGAGAGUGGUGUCUGUGGAAAACGGCAGGAUGCUGGCAGAGCAGUUGGGUUUUGAGUUUUUCGAGACGAGCGCCAAGGACAACAUCAACGUGAAGCAGACGUUUGAGCGUCUGGUGGACAUAAUCUGCGACAAGAUGUCAGAGAGUAUAGAGACUGACCCCGCCGUGACCUCAGGAACCCAGGGAACGGCCCGGCUAACAGAUAACCCUCCUCCACUACAGCAGCCUAACUGUGCCUGUUAGUGCUCAGUACACAUGGUAGCAUAAGUGUGUGUGUGUGUGUGUGUGUGUGUGUGUGUGUGUGGGAGACACCUUUAGAUGGAUGCAUAUAUCCUUUAAUGUCAUCGAAUGCGGGUGCUGGAACAGCCACCUGAAUCUGAUCGGUGCAUGUCAGGAGUCAUGUGACCCUUACACCCAAUGGGAACAGAGCUGUCUCGAGCGAUGGCAAAGCUAUUCAGUGUUUUAGAAAGGAGGAUAGAUAAAAAAAUAUAUAAAUAUGAUUUCUUUGGUCAUCGGUUUUUCAGUAUACGUGGCUUGUGGGUAACAGUGUAAGUUCUUGUCACGGUCUGUUGCGCCACUAGAGGGUGUUCUUCUUAAAAUGACAGGAUGGAGUCUGUCUGAUGCAUGUGAACGCUUGUGUGUGUUCCAGCACCUUUGCACUAGAGUCACGUCUAUCUUUAAGGUGCCUAGUUCAUAUUCUGACACACUGCUUUCUUAACUGUCAAUCAAAGUCUUAACAUCCUUUACAGCUGUUAGUCUAGACCUAGUCCACAAGCAUGAAUCGGCUGACUCUUCGCUAAGCCCCGCCCCUCUUUUUAUUUCUGGGAACAGUGUGAAUUUUUUUAUUUAUAUUUUGGUCACAUAUUUAGACAAUUAUGAAGACAUUGUAAUUAGGGAUGCACCAAAUAUGAACAUUUUUCCCGAUAACGAUAACCGAUAUAUAUUGGCUAAAGUCCUGAUUUUUAAAGUCUGAUUUCAAAAACAAUAGUCUCAACAUUUAAAAGCCAUUCUCAUCACAAUUGUAUGUAGCCUUCAUGAUAGACUAGGGUUAAUAGGGUUAAACUAGGGUUAAAGGGUUAACAAAUUAAUAAAGAGGUGAAAUUUAGAAUUGCUUUGCUGAUGAAGAGCCAUCAAACCUUGCCAAAAAAGCAUCUGGUACAAGACAUUAAGAGAUCGACGGGUGAGUGCAUCAUUCAAGCAAUCUAAUCUAGACAUUGAUUUUCUUUUAACUCUAAUCAAUGCACAUAAGAGCAUAUAGUUAAACAACACAGAAGCUCAGGCGUGCAUUUGACACUUUUGAUCUCAUCAUCAUAUUUGCACUUAAGUUUAGGUCCCAGCUAACAAUUAAACGUUCUGGGAGCAUUUGUUUUUGUUCCCAGAACGUGCCCAAGAUUGGUGAUCCAGGAAAGUUUUCUUAACGUAAAUAGAACGUUCCCUUAAAGGGUUAGUUCACCCAAAAAUAAAAAUUCUGUCAGUAUUUACUCACCCUCAUGUUAUUCCAAACC